GACGUUGGUUUAGUGGCUUUCUUUCUGCGCAGCUGAUUGCGGUUCUGCGCAUCUAUCGACGACGAACUCUUUCAGGCCCACGGAUGCUUUCCGUCAGGCAUGAGACCCACGGUUUCGGCGUUUUUUGGCAAGGUUAAGAUAACGCCAGUUGAUCUGAGAGCUGAGAGGGAGCAAGGUGAUGUGGUCUCUACCUCUCUGAUGCCAGAAUGAGAACUUACACCCGUGGGGCACCAACUGUGUUCUUUAUAAGUGCACUGUGGAUCCUAGUGUCCCCGGCUCUGGCUAAAGUGGACCCCAGCGGAGGCAUUCCGUUCCUUGGAGGGAACUACGAGGGAACUCACCCCAUGCUGUACUUUGGCCAGGCAGAAGUUGAGGAGCUGCAGCGGGCAGCGGUGGGGACACACAAGGCUCUGGCCCGACAGAUCCGGGAGGCCGGGGAGGACAUACUGGAGCGACCGGAGGAGUAUCUGCCCCCCUGGAACCCUACUGAGUUUAGUGCCCGCUGGAAUGAAGUCUAUGGGAACAACUUGGGCCUGCUCUCUAUGUUCUGCCUGCUGUACCCACACCGAGCAGGUGCACUGGACAUAGCCAAGGAAUACAUGGAGCGCAUGGCUGCGCAGCCAAACUGGAUGGUGAAAGAUGCUCCGUGGGAUGAGGUUCCCAUUGCUCACUCUCUGGUGGGCUUUGCUACAGCUUAUGACUUCCUGCACGAGUACCUCAGUAAAGUUCAGCAGGAGCGCUUCCUGCAGGUGAUUGGGAAUGCUUCACGAUACAUGUAUGAGAAAUCUUACCACCGCGGCUGGGGAUUCCAGUACCUCCACAACCACCAACCCACAAACUGUGUUGCUCUUCUGACCGGCAGCCUCGUGGUCAUGAACCAGGGAUACCUCCAGGAAGCGUACCUCUGGACUAAACAGGCUCUGGCCAUCAUGGAAAAGUCCAUGGUGCUUCUCCAAGAUGUGACUGAUGGGUCUCUGUACGAGGGUGUAGCGUAUGGAACUUACACCACUCGUUCACUCUUUCAGUACAUGUUUUUGGUACAGAGACACUUUGAUAUCGACCACUUCAAUCACCCCUGGCUGCACAAACACUUUGCAUUUCUCUACAGGACCGUGUUGCCUGGUUUUCAGAGAACAGUUGCUAUCGCAGAUUCCAACUAUAACUGGUUCUAUGGGCCAGAGAGUCAGCUGGUGUUUUUGGAUCGGUAUGUGAUGCGGAACGGCAGCGGGAACUGGCUGGCUGAGGUAAUCAGACAGAAUCGGGUAGUGGAGGGCCCAGGACAGGCUGGCAGGGGUCAGCGCUGGUGCACGCUGCACACGGAGUUCCUCUGGUAUGAUGCCAGUCUGCAGCCCACCCCUCCUCCUGAUUAUGGUGCGUCGCACCUCCAUUAUUUCGAAGACUGGGGGGUGGUGACCUACGGUAGUGCCCUGCCUGCUGGGAGAAACCACACAUUUCUGUCCUUCAAGUCGGGCAAGCUCGGGGGACGUGCUAUUUUCGACAUGGUUCACCAAAACAAAUACAAAGACUGGAUCAAAGGGUGGAGGAACUUUAACGCGGGCCACGAGCAUCCGGACCAGAACUCCUUUACCUUUGCUCCAAAUGGAGUCCCGUUUAUCACAGAGGCAUUGUACGGUCCCAAAUACACCUCUCUCAACAAUGCCGUCAUGUUCGGGCCUGCUGUGUCGGAGAGCUGCUUUGCACCAUGGGAAGGCCAAGUUACAGAGGUUUGUAACUCUAAAUGGCUGAAGUACAAGCACGGUCAAGCGGCAGACUGCCAGGGGCGGGUGGAGGCGGCUCUGGAGCGGCAGGGCAUGGUGUUUAUUCGUGGGGAGGGUCAAGGAGCUUACAACCCUGAGCUGAAGAUCAAGAGUUUUCAAAGGAACUUACUGCUGCUUCAUCCUCAGCUGCUGCUGAUGGUCGACCACAUCCAGCUGCAUUUAGGCAGCGAGACACGCAGCAUGAGCGCCUUCUUCCACAACACUGACUUUCCCUUUAAGGAAACCCAAGUCGAUGGAGUUCACGGGGCUCUGAUCAGACACGGAAACGAAACAUCCAAGAUGUUCUGGUUGGACGAUACGGGCAGCAGUGAAAAGGCAGUAGUGGGAUACAGGAGCUACCCCCGUGGAUACCCCUACAAUGGUUCGAAUUAUGUGAAUGUGACUCUGCCACUGAGGCACCCUUCCAGCAGAGUGGCCUACAUCUUCUUCGGAUCCGGAGUGGAUGUUCAGAGUUUCAGCGUGCACGGAGACUCGGAAACACUGGACAUCUAUCUGGUCACCGGGGAUCACACCUACACCGUCUAUCUGUACACAGACGUGGUUUCCACCAAGCCUAUGGCCAUGGUGUUGAUGGACCAAAAGAAAGUAGUGUUUGAAAGGACAGCAGGGACAAAUGAGCAGCCCUUGGAGGAGGUGGAGGAAUACGUUAAUGUUGUGGAGGACAAUCUGCAGCAUGUCAAACCAGUCUUCCAGCAGCUGGAGAGGCACGUCCUUUCACGGGUUCUCAACACGGACAGUUUCCACAAAACUGCAGAGCGCCUCCUGAAGUCCUCGGACAAGAGGAAGACUCCGGGGACUGUGGAGAAGAUGUUUUCCCUUUCUAAGAAGCAAGGGAAGGGAGGCAAGAAGGCAAGCUCUUCCAACAGCCUCCCAGACAUCUUCGCUCAGAUCGAGGCGAGGGAGAAGAAGGAGAGGCAGAGGACGAUGAAGCGCGUCUAUGAGGAGGCUCCGGAGGAGGCCGACGGCGACUCCAGGGCGUUCAUCGAUUACACUGAUUUCAGAAAGGGCAGGAAAGUGGGAUUUGUCAAGGGGCGGAAAUUCAAAGAGGUACGCUUGGGGGCUACGGCAGAGAGCGACGACCUGUUUAACGCCACCUCGUACAUUCGCCUUUUCCUGAUUUUAAACAUAGCCACUUUCUUCGUCCUGCUGGCGGUGCUGUUGACGCGCUUCCAGAGGGCGCAGAGCUUGCAUACGCAGCGUUGUCUGUACUGCGUCCUCCUCAUAGACAGCUUCAUCCUGCUCUGUCUGUACUCCUCCUGCUCUCAGGCGCAGUGCUGACUAACAUCACUGUGGGACGCUCAGAAUGACUCAUUCCAGCAAGUUUUGACACCAAUUCUACGGCAGAAUAUCCCUGUUUGCAGCAGCAGUGCGUACAAGUGCUGGCUUGCUUGAGUCGGUGCUACCUAACUGUCUGGGAAGAGAUGUUGCGAAGAUAGCCAGCCCACCUCAGAUCAAAAGCUUUUGUGGAGCUUUGAAAGAGUUUACAUGAACUUUGUCUUGAAGUACACUCUUAAAAAUAAAGGCUUAAAAGGUUCUUAAAGCUGCAGUAGGUAACUUUUGUAAAUAUUUAUUUUUUACAUAUUUGUUAAACCUGUCAUUAUGUCCUGACAGUAGAAUAUGAGACAGAUAAUCUGUGAAAAAAUCAAGCUCCUCUGGCUCCUCCCAGUGUCCUAUUGCCAUUUGCAGAAACUCCAUCGCUCCCGGUGAGAAACAACCAAUCAGAGCUGCGGUCCGUAACUUUGUUUGUGUUCAAAAUUUAGAAAAAUGUAUAUAAUAAGCGAGUACACCAUGAAUCCAUUUUCCAAACCGUGUUUUUAGCUUGUCCUGAAUCACUAGGGUGCAGCUAUAAUAAGUGUUUAUAUUCAGACUAUUUUAGAUUGCUUCGGGGGUACCGCGGCGGAGUAACCCAGUACCUUUGUGAUUCUUCAUAGACAUAAACAGAGAGAAGUAGUUCCGGCUACAAUGUUCUUCCGCAAGACACAAGCAGUUCUGUUUAUUAACCGCUAGAGCGUCAAAAGUUACCGACUGCAGCUUUAACAGUGAUGCCAUCGAAGAACCAUUUUUAGUUCCACAAAGAACCAUUCAGUCAAAGGUUCUUUAAAAAAGCAUCUCUUUCUUACCGUUUUAUAAUCUGAAGAACUUUCUUCUGCCAUGAACCUUUUGUGGUUCUCCAGAUGUUGAAGGUUCUUUAUAGAACCAUUUAGAUAAAAUGGUGGUUCUAUGGCAUCGUGAAGAAACUUUCUUUUUAAAAGUGUAUAGAGCCCUGCAUGUGACAUAAGAGAGGGGAAAAAAAUAAGAAUUCACUUCUACAACAUUACUCAUUUUGUGGAGGGAAAAUAUUGUUAAAGCUUUGGCAUGUUGGAAGUAAUAUAUUCCAUCGUUUUAGUUCAAUUAUGGCCACGGUUUAACUGACAGGAGGUAACAAAUUAACAAAACAUGACAACAAAAGCUGUGAGAACAAAUUAUUAGAUCCUGAUUAAAGUAUCUAUUUUUUUACUCUCUUGCGAAUGUCAUGUUUGGGGCUCCGUAUUAAAGUGGGACUCUCUCUCUACGCUAUUAUCCAGACCUACUGCAAGCUAUACACUCUUGAUAACAACGUGGACUAUCUUUCAUCAUAAAAUGUGUAAAAUGUAUAUAUGUUGAAGCAAAGUAUAUAUAUUUUUUUUGGAUGUUGUUUUGUACUCUUCUAUUAAAAGGCAACUACAGAAAA